CCUCAUUUCCUCUAUACAAACCGAACUUCUAUUGCAUCCUUUCAUCUCCUACUCCUUUCAUCAUAUGGCUCGUACUUUCUUUCGCAAAUUAUUGACAUACGUAUCAUCUGAAGAUGAGAGCGAUGUUCAAAACAUGGAGGCGGAUGGUCAGUCAUCGAGGCGACGUGGCAAUAGCCAACGUCGUAAGUUUAUUCGACGUGAUCAUGUUCAGGGACACGAGCGUCUAUUUCGUGAUUACUUUGCUGAAAAUCCAGUGUAUCCCUCGAAUCUAUUUCGAAGGAGAUUUCGGAUGAGUCGUCCCCUAUUUCUUCGUAUUCUAAAUGAAGUAGAGUGUAACGACCCGUACUUCGUCCAGAGAAGAGAUAAUGCCGGCCGACUCGGUUUAUCUUGUAUGCAAAAAGUCACCGCAGCACUUAGAAUGCUGGCGUAUGGGGUUACUGGAGAUUUUAUGGAUGAAUACAUACGUAUUGGUGAAAGCACCGCAAUGGAGAGCCUAAAAAAAUUUUCUGAGACAGUAGUAACUGUUUUCUCAGAAGAAUAUCUAAGGUCUCCAACUGCUAAUGAUAUAGCCCGAUUGCUUGCAGUUGGUGAACAACGAGGAUUCCCUGCCCAAGGGUGUGCUCCUCCAGUCAAUUACACUAUCAAUGGCAACGACUAUACUAUGGGCUAUUACCUUGCGGACGGUAUUUAUCCCAAGUGGCGAACUUUUGUGAAGACCAUUCCAUCACCACGUGGAAAUAAGAAGAAAAAUUUCGUGAAAGCACAAGAAUCCGCAAGGAAAGAUGUCGAGCGUGCAUUCGGGGUACUUCAACAACGAUUUGCUAUCAUUCGUGGACCUUCCCGAAUGUUUAAAGUGAAGGAACUAACGAAUAUAAUGAAAACAUGUGUUAUUCUACAUAAUAUGAUAAUUGAAGACGAGCGUGAUGAUUGUGAGUGUCUGAACAUUGAAUAUGAUCAACUUGAUGAUAAUCUCCCCGAAUUGUCGCGCAAUCAUACAACUGAGCUUACAGACUUCAUCCAGCGUCAUCAUGAUAUUAGAGACACCUCGGCACAUCAUCAGCUUCAAGAAAAUCUAAUCGAACAUCAAUGGCUUUUACAUUCACAACAUUAGUCAGGGUUGCUUUACCUUUUAUUAUUUCCUUAAUGUAAUUGGGCUCCUAUG